GCAUCUAGCUAGCUACCAUGUGGACGUCGCUUUGUACCGACAGUAAUAUUGCAUUAUAAAAUCCUACUGCUUUCUUCAACAAUUCGCCACAGCAACAUUCCACAGCUCGACAAAGUAAGAAUCAACUCCCAAAUAGUCUCUCCGCAACUGCACUGCAACAACCAAUUGAAGAUGCACCGCCCCGGCCAUCAUGACCAUGGACCUGGCGGCGGUCCAGGAGGACCAGGUGGACCAGGCGGCGGUCCGGGAGGACCAGGUGGACCAGGUUCCCAUGGGCCUCCAGGCGGCGGUCUAGGAGGACCGGGAGGACCAGGCGGGGGUCCAGGAGGACCGGGAGGCGGUUGGGGAGGACCAGGAGGCGGUGGUCCAGGAGGACCUGGCGGCGGUGGUCCAGGAGGCCCGGGAGGCGGUGGUCCAGGACGCCCGGGCGGCGGUGGUCCAGGAGGCCCGGGCGGCGGUGGUCCAGGAGGCGGUGGCUCAGGAGGUCCAGGGGGACAUGGUCGCUUCUGAUGGGCAACAAGACUUGUGGUGUACUAGUAGCACGUAGUCUAUAUAUGAUGAUAUAAUUAAGUUGAUGAUGAGCGUAAUUAGCUAAUAAUGAUGAUGUUGUGCUUGUUAUUAAUUUGUAGUUAGUUUUGGUAAUCAUGUUGGGUGAGAUCCUUCCAUUCCCCGGCCAUCUCCCAGUAGCUCAGUUCAGCUAGCUGGAGAAGAUAAAGGCGGUUCAUGUCAUACUAGUACUACUGUAUGAUGCAUGUAAUAUUUAACAAUAAAAUUAUUAUGAUAUGAUUAUGUUGCCCUUCUAUUCUUUA